GAACAAAAAAAAAAAAUGGGAGAUAAUGCUCCAGGAGGACCUUCGAAAAGGCAAGAUGUAAAAGUCCCAAUUAAUGAAGAGAGAUCCUUUACGGGACAAUCAACUAGAUUUGAUAAUGUAAAACCGAAGAAAGUUGCUUUGGACUAUGAAGAUGAAUUGAUAAAAAUACAGAUUGAUAGGAAAGAAGUGGAUGCUAAUAGAGAAUUACUUCUAGAUCAGCGGGAUGUUGGCCUUUAUAAUGACAUUCGCAAAUACAUUGAAGAACAUCCUCGUGCUUCUCUAGUUGAAAUAAUAGAAAACUUUGAAAAGUAUCCAACUAGCGAUGCAAUUGCUAAAGUUAUGAAAGAUUAUGGUUAUCCUGAUUACAUAAUAAAGUAUAAAAAAGAUGAUAAAAUGAAGCUUAAACGUGAUAAUUUUGAACGUUUGCUUUUACAUUCCGGAUUAAUUCUCGAAGAAGAGGAGGAUCCAAUUCUUGAAUGUAUUUACAUAAAAGUUUUCACACCAUUCGAAAAGUUAUGCGAACAAGCAAAAAUUAUUAAACUUAAAAUGCGCUUAAAUCCUCGUGAAUUACCAAAAAUCGAAUCAGAUCCACGUAGAGGUUUCUUUCAUCCAAUAACAAAGUAUUUUGUAUAUAAAGUAAAUUUCAACAAACAAUCUGCUGUUUUCAAAAGAGGCCCUUUAAGAGAAUUUGAAGGUGCAAGCCCUGACAAAUCAAUUGGCGACAUUGUUUUAAACUUCUUUCCUACUUCAAGGAGAAUCUUGAUGACUCAUCGUAUACUUAUUACUGCAAAUCAGAUUAGCAGGAAAACAAAAGAUGAUGAUGGGAAGCCACUUAUUGUUAAAAAGACCAUUAAAUCAUUAGCCAUAAAAAAAUUGGUUGACGAUGGAAUUUUUAUGGAUUAUUAUCCACUUCACGAUGGUUCACCUAUUGUUACUAAUAAUCUGCCUUUGGAGCAAAUGAAUUUGAGAGCUCAAUUAAUUAAAUUAUGGAUUCCUCCCGGAGGGGGACAACCUUUAGAUAAAAUCAGAUUAUAUUUUGGAGAAAAAGUGGCUUUAUAUUUUGCCUGGUUAGGUUUUUAUACUUCAUGGUUAUCUAUAGCUUCUGUCGUGGGAACAAUCGUUGUAAUAUAUGGAUUAUUGGAAUAUCAUGUAUUUCAUUCGGGAAAAGAAAAUGACUUUUCUAUAAUAUGGGAUAAUGCACUUACAGCUCCUUUUGCGUUUUUCAUGGCUGUAUGGUCCACAUGUUUCUUGGAGACUUGGAAACGGUACAAUGCCUCAAUCGCAUAUGACUGGGAUGUGUCGGAUUAUGAGAGAGAAGAAUUACCAAGACCAGAAUUUUAUGGGACUGAUACAAAAAAAUCGCCAAUUACGCUGAAAAAAGAAAUCCAUUUUCCAUACAGGGAGAGAGUUAAAAAGUUAGUGAUCUCCGGAUUUGUUGUUUCUAUCAGUGUUUUGAUAGUUAUCGUAUCGGUUACAAUUUUGUUGCUUGCACCUAAACUUUGGAUCAAGCUUGGAUCGUAUACAUCUUGGAUUACUGCUGCUGCCAAUUUAGUAAUAAUGUUUUUUAUGAGUAUGCUUUAUACAUAUGUUGCAGGUUGGUUGACAAAUUUCGAGAAUCAACGAACGAAUACUAGUUAUGAAGAUUCCUUGAUUAUAAAAACUUAUUUUUUUGAUUUUGUGAAUUCUUACACUGGUAUAAUCUAUAUUUUAGUUUUUAAAGAAAGGUUCAUUAAAAAUAUCAUCAAUCAAAAAGGGAUUACAGGAUGUGAUUAUAGCAGUUGUAUGUUGGAUCUUACAAUUCAACUUUCAGUUAUUUUCGUGGGUAAACAAUUUUUUGGGCAAUUUAAUGAAAUCAUUUGGCCAUGGCUGAGAAGUGUGUUGUAUAAAGACUCACUGCGAGAUGAAUUUCUUGCAAUGGAGGCGAAGUAUAAAGAUAAUGUUGGUGUAACACGUACUGAAGAACCUCAAUGGUCGAAAGAUGGUAAAUUAUAUAGUGCUUGCGGGUACGAAAGAAGCGAUAUCGAAGAAAUGGUUGUUCAAUUUGGAUUUAUAUCAUUAUUUGGAAUAGCGUUUCCUCUAGUUCCUCUUCUCGCAUGGGUAAAUAAUAUUCUUGAAAUUAGAUUUGAUGCAAUAAAGUUUUUAACUUCAUUACAAAGACCAAUUGGGUUGCAAGCACAAGACAUAGGAAUGUUUGAAAAUAUAUUAGGUUUUGUAUCAAUAUUAUCAGUGUUAUCAAAUGCCCUGGUAAUAGCAUUUCAUUCAACAUGGAUGAGGAAUAAGUUCAUAAAAAUGUAUGGAGAAGAUGAAAAUCAAAUAUUGGUUGCUAGAUUAGUUUUUAUUCUUCUUUUUGAGAAUCUUGUAUUUUUUGUAAAAUUAGUAUUUGCGUAUUUGAUACCAGAUUUACCAAAAGAAAUUAAAAUUGCGAUGGAUAGAGAACAGUAUCUCUCUAAAUUGGCAUUAGAAGGCGAACAACCCGCUUUAGAUGAGUACUUAUCUCCAAGUAAGGAUGAUUCUAGUAUAUUUGAAGAUGGUGAAAUAAAAUUACCUCAAAUACGUAGAAUAGCUGAAGAAAAUGUUUGACCAGCAAACAAUUAAUGUAUGUUAGAAAAAGUAUAGAGAUCCCAUAGUUGACGUAUUUUUCUUUAUAAAAUUUACGAAAAAAUUAUUUGCCCGAAACUUGUAAAUAAAAACGUUACACGUAUAAUCGC